AUGUUAAGCUGUCUCUUCCUGAAGGCACUUCUUGUUCUUGGGUCCUUGGCAUUGUGGGUGACUGCAAGAGAGCAAGUGAAAGAGGGACAAUGCCCCCCUGACAAGAAUCCAUGCAAAGACCUGUGCCAGAGCGAUGCCUUGUGUCCUGCUGGGCAGAAGUGCUGCAGCACAGGCUGUGGCUGGGCCUGCCAAGGAGACCUCCCCAAGGGGGGAAAAGGAGAUUGUCCUAAAGUUGUUCAGAAACCAUCCUGUUUUAAAACAUGUACGACAGAUGAGACAUGUCCAGGUGUACAGAAGUGCUGCACAUUGGGCUGCAACAAGAGCUGUGUGUUUCCACUCUCCAAACAGAAGCUGGAGUUCGAAGGUGCGUGUCCUGCUGACCCUCUUCCAUGUGAGGAGCUGUGUAAUGGGGACACAUCCUGUCCCCAGGGACAUAAAUGCUGUAGCACCGGCUGUGGCCACGCCUGCCGUGGAGACAUCAAGGGAGGGCGGAAUGGUAUUUGUCCAAAUGUUCUGAUGGGUCUGUGCAUUGUCAGCUGUGUGAUGGAUGAGAACUGUCAACCUGGGGAAAAGUGCUGUAAGUCAGGCUGUGGCCGCUUCUGUGUCCCAAGGCUUCUGCUAUCCAAACAGACCACAGACUCCAACCGGACCAACAGCUCUGAUUCUGAAGUAGAGACUGGAGCACCCUAGUUGUCUUGAUUUGUCUGGAGCUCCAGAAAGCUUGUUCGGGCCGCCAGGAAAGGGUGAUGUCCUAGAGCUUGUAACACUCCCAGGGCAUUGGGCUGCCUCUGCUCUGCUUCUCCUGUGUCUGGAGCACAGGAAACAACCUGGGGAUGGGCAAUGUGUGUUGGUGCUUCUCCUUCCCAAUA